AUGAGUUUUCUCAACUCUGUCCUCUCGUCCAUCGAGACGGGCAACCCAUCUUCUCUGCCAACCCCGCGUACUCCCGCUACCUCAAAACCGGCUACUGCGUCAGUUGCUACCGCGUCCAAGUCCGACUCGGCGAAACCCACCCCGCCGUCAAUAGCCCCUCAGCGCUCUGUUAAUAACUUACCAACUGGUACAAAACGCAAGGCUGAAGAUUCGGUACGACGUCCAGACAAGCCUGCGGUCAAUGCCUCGAAGGCUCGCCCAAAGAUUGCGCCCAUUCGUCCUACGCCUGCUAAGCCCGCUCCUGCCACGGCAGCACCGUGUAAACCCCCGCCCAAAGGCUCAUUUGCAGAUUUAAUGGCAAAAGCCAAAGCCGUGCAGAAAGAAGCUCCAAAGAUCGGUGUGCUGAAACACCAAUCAGCGUUGCCCAAGGAAAAGAUAAGCAAGUCUGAAAAGAAGAGGCGUGUGGAGGAGGCGGCCGCCAAGGAGAAAGAAGCUGCCCGCCUCGGGAAGAAAUCUGGCCUCGGUGCAGGCUCUGCUGCAGCGAAAACUGCAGCGAAAUCUGCAGUUAAACCUGGUGUUGAGGCCUCUACAAAGCGACAAGAAGUCGAAGAGCCAGGAUAUAAGGGUACUUCUCGUCCGCCACAGCCUGCCUACAAAGGCACGGCAGGACGUGCUCCGCGCCAGGGUGGUCGCGACCGCCACCGGGCUCCUCCACGUGAUGAAUACCUUGGCACGGACGAGGAAGACGCAGGCGAUUACUACAAUGACUACGACGAUUACUAUUCCGACGAGUCUUCUGAUAUGGAGGCUGGGUUAGGGGACAUGGAGAGAGAAGAAUUCGCGGCCUUGCGAGCUGCAGAAAAGGAAGACGCAGAAGACAUGCGUCAAGAGGCAGAAGCAAAGAAGGCGAAGCUGGAGAGAAAGCAAAAGCUAACUGCUUUGGCGAGAGCGCGACGCUGA